AUGCGCAGGUCCAAAAGCUUCUCCUUUUUUCUCUUCUCGUCGCUGCCCGACAUCACUGGCUUCCACCACAACCAUGUCUUCUCUUCAUUUCAACCUCCAUCCACUCCCUCCAUCUUCAUCUCCACUACUCACCACCACCAACAACAUUUCUUCCUUCUCCCCCACUUCCCUCUCCAUCUUCUACAACAACCACCACCACCUUCUUCGCUUCAAUCUCAUCGGGAUUUGAAGCCGCAGAAUUUGCUUCUCGAUCAACAGCAAGGGAUUUUGAAGAUUGUUGAUCUUGGUCUUGGGAGGGAUUUUACCGUCCCGCUUAAGAGUUAUACUCAUGAGAUUGUUACUCUUUGGUAUAGAGCUCCUGAAGUUUUGCUUGGAUCUACUACCUACUCUACUAGAGUUGAUAUCUGGUCUGUUGGAUGUAUCUUUGGUGGAUUCGCGGCAGUGAUGUGUAGCGGAACUCAAAUGGAAAUACCCUACAAAACAUCAGAAGAAUCGUCUGGUUCAUCAUCAUCAUUUUCGAACGAAUUUGUUGCGAUUAAGAUGCCAUUAACACCGAAUCCAACUCCGACUCACAAGAAGGUGAAUUUUCUUGUGACUUCACGUUCUGUUGAUGCUGCUCCAAUUGUGGAUAGUGAUAGUAACAAUCUAGGGAAUUUGACCACAAGAGGAAAAUUGUCGAGUGCUAGAAGUAUUAUGCCGAAAUUGAACUUUCCGUAUAAUAGGACUUCAUCAUCUGAUGUUGAAAAGGCGAUAAGUUUGGCUCCGGAAAGUCCUUGUGAGAAGCCUUCUGUCUCUGGAUCAGGAUCAGUGUCUUUGAGUAAGCUGUUUGCUCCUAAGAUUUAUAGAACUUCUUCGCUACCGGUUGAAGAAAUCGGGUGUGUUAAUAAUGAGUUUGCUUUUGGUGGAUGUCUUGGUGCUUCUCCAUAUAGAAGCCAGGGAUCGAUAGCUCGCACUCGUUCAGAGCCGGUAGAUAGCAAAGAAAAAAUCAUAAGGAAAAUGGAUAAGUUUUUUCGCAUUAUUCCUUCCACCCCAGGUGCAAAGGAAGUUAAAGAAUGGUUAAAAGCUUCUGCAGAAAAGGAUACAGAAAAUGGCGGUGAUGACGGUGAAGAUAUAGCUGAAGAGGAAGCUGUGUGUAGGAUUUGUCUGAUUGAGCUAUGUGAAGGAGGUGAGACGCUGAAGAUGGAAUGCAGUUGCAAAGGUGAACUUGCAUUGGCUCACCAAGAAUGCGCUAUCAAGUGGUUCAGUAUCAGGGGUAACAAGACAUGUGAUGUGUGCAAGCAAGAAGUUCAGAAUCUCCCUGUCACUCUCUUACGCAUCCAAAAUGUUCAAACUCAGAAUACCGGAGCAAGGUCUCAGCAGGAAGACGACUUCAGGGUUUGGCAGGAGUUACCUGUGCUUGUCAUUGUCAGCAUGCUUGCUUAUUUCUGUUUCCUUGAGCAGCUUUUGGUAAGAACAAAUGUCCUCUCAUUUCUCUCAAAGUUACAACUCGCUAUUGUGAGCUUUGGAAAUGUUUCAGCCGCACAAAAGAAGGAAGCUGAGGAAUUUGGCGCGUCCUGCUUCUCCUGGGAAGAGUUUCUCCAGUUGGAUACUGUUACUCCGGUUAAUUUGAUUGGUUAUGGGUUGGCAUUUUUGGGGGUUGCGUAUUAUAAUCAUUCCAAGUUGCAGGCGCUUAAGGCUUCGGAGACGCAGAAGAAGGCUCUUCAGAAUGAUGAAGAGGCUGGAAGGUUGUUGGAACAGAGAGACGGAGAAGGGACUGGAAGGAAGAUCGAUAGCCAGAACUGA